GUGCUCUCGUGUCCUUUCUCUUCCACGUUCUUUCGUUUUGUAACCUUGCUGCUUGCAAUAUGGAUUGGGAAGCGGAAUUCCAAGCCGGAACUUUACUGAAUAAUGUAAACGAGAAAACGUCUCGCUCUACCACCGAUAGAGGUACUUCCAGCUCAACACGACACGGACGAUCAACUACUCUUUUAGGAGACGAUGAGGACGAUCGCGAUGUUUCUAUGGCUGGUCCCAGCUCCGACCCAGCUGUCGAUGAAAUUCUGGAGUGGAAUAUAGCAGAAGAGGCACACCUCGAGAAACUAACGAGACAUUGGAUGAACGAAAGACACUGUCCGGACAUCCUACCUGCGGAGGAUGAGCUUCUGUCGUCGUUGCUGGAUCAUAUUCGUCGGCAAUCAGAAGCGGUCCAACUAUUACGCGGUGAACUGUCUACUUCUGAAGAGGAGCAUUUAAGGAUAAUGUUGGUGCAGACGGAGGUUGAGCGUAUCAAGUUUGUAUUGAGAUCGUAUAUUCGGACUCGGCUUUGGAAGAUUGAGAAGUACGCGCGACAUAUCGUCGGUAACGAAGAAAUGCAGGCAAGGUUGACGACUUCGGAACUUGAACAUGCUCGACGAUUCGCCAAGUUGACCGAUCAACACUUCCACCAUUCGGUUCUCCAAAGUCUUCCCGAAAUGCGAGUGGAUUUGGAUGAUGAACCAAUGCUCGCGCCUUCCAUGGUAACUCAACCAGACCUCAAGCGACCUGUUUUUGUGCAUGCACUGACGACAUGUCCUAUAAUACAAUUCGAAGAUGGAACCUCGUUGCAGAUGAACAAAGGACACAUUUCUUUGAUGGCUUAUGCUGCGGCGGAAAAGUUACUAUUGAGGGGAGAUGUUGAGCUCGUCUGAUAUAGCCGGAAUAAUCUUCGUUAUCACCUGCCCUGAUUCGAGGGUUCACGCUCUUCUUCCCUGUUACGACCGGAAGUAAGUGUGUAUUCUUUUCUUCCGCUUCGGAUGGAGAGAGUCAGCGCUGUAUGUAUACCAUUGUUGUGGCUAGUACUAGUGCAUGCUUGAUAUAACCACGAAUAAGAAUCCAGCCUCACAGUCAAGGUCGCAUUAUGGGCUGCC